AUGUAAAAUUUAUAAUAUUCAUUCGUUCCUGAUUGUUUAAACAUUUUCGAAGAAUAAGGGAAUAAUUUUUGUUGUUCUUUACACAGGUAUGUAUCAAAUUUUCUUGAUAAUGUGAAGCAAAAGUAUCAAAUAUGUUUAUUUAUUUUUAAGAAACAACCACGGGCCUUCGGAACGUUGUUAAUAUCGAGCGAAUAUCUUGAGAUAUGUUCAUUAUUUUGUAUUGAGGCCAUGUAAAAAAAUAUCCCGGUUUAUCAUCAGUGGCAGCAGAAAAAAACCCGUGCGUGCGAGCAGAUUGUUUUUUUUUAAAUACGCUCAAACGCGCAGCACAGUUGUAUGGUAUACUAUUUUAAAUGCUAUAAUACACUUAUCAAUAUUACAAUUGCCAACAAUCGCCAAAUAUGGCCCAAGCGCAAUAUCAUACAACGUUGUCAAUAUGAACUCGUGUUUUCAAAAUGGUCGAAUAUCGGGCCGAAAAUCUCGCGUGGUUCCUCUCAUGGUCCGUCGGAAAUAGUGAUUUUUUAAAAAUAAUUUUUUUUAAAAAAAUCCAUGCGGCACAACAAAUGGAUGCGGGUGCUGAUGAUAAACCCGGGAUAUUUUUUUACAUGGCCUGAAGUAUAGUUUUUGUAUCUGUGCGGGUUCGUUUUGUUAGCUUACAGCUAAUCAGCGACGAUACAAAAUAUUUUAUAUAUUGGCUCUUUCUUGGAAUGGAAAUAUGCAUACAAUACUUUUUACACAAUACAUGGCAUAACUUAUACCGUAGACUACAUUAGACUACCUUUGUAUGGAAGCCGGCCAGGCUUAGUAGCCAGCAUGUGAGAUCUCGCUGUGUAUUCUUGGGUUUCACUACGGCAUUAUAUGCAGUGAAUCUGACGGGGGGUCAACCUCAAGUGUAUCGAUGCUUAUGCUGUGCUGGAGUGAGAAAAUGAUACAAAAUUCCAUGUAUUUGCCACCAAACACAAGGCCAAUACAUGAAACAAACAAUCAACUCACUCUGAUAAUUACUGUGUUUUGUUUUAGAGUUGACCCUCUGUCACUCAUAUGAGACCCAAGAAUAGUUAUUUUUAUAGUAAAAAUUACCCUAGAUUUGUAUAGACAAACGGGCUUGCCCGGUUGCCAAGGUCUCGUUCGAAAGAGGCAAGAUCUCGCUAUUCGAAAGAGGCAAGAUCUCGCUGGUUAGGGAGUGGUCAUUUAUGGGGAGGGGGGGUUGGGAAAUGGGAGGGUGGGGCAAACGAAGUUUACCCUUAUAAAUAGGGGGGUCAAAAGGUCAAUAAGUUUAGUUUUUAAAAUUUACCGCCAAAAUCGUUUGCAAUUUGCGAACUUGCUUGCGAAGUUGGUUCGGAAUUUCAGUACGAAUUUCGAUAAUUUGAUGCGAAACUUCCGAAUUUGAUUGGCCGGUUUCCAAUCAACUUGAUGAUCUUGUGUUUAUAGUUCCCAAAUUCCCAACCAACCUCGCAACUGGCGUGGCCAAAGUUUCGUGAAAUCAACUGUUGGGAGGAGGGGCGGGGUCAAGAGGCCCCACGCUGAUAAUAUGCCACCGGCCCCGCGGAACGUUAAUCUGGCCCUGCAAAUACAUGAAAAAUACAAGCAGAACUUCUGCAAAUUACAAAAGCCCUUGCUCUGGAAAGUUACUUAGCAGCUGGAAAAUUACAUGAGUUUUUAUACUAGUGAAUAUAAAAUCGUUCACAUGACAAAAAAAUAAACCAAUCAGAUGGAAUUAGUCAAAACAAAGUGUACUGAUGACACAAAAAAUGUCACAAUGUUACUGAAAAUAUUAAUAUAGAAAUAUACAGAAAACUGCAACAAAUACAAAUAAUAUAUGAAAUAAGUAUGAAAUAGGAUGAGAAUUUAAAGUACUGUCAAAGUUUGCUUUUUUGAAAGGCAAAGACAGAAAGAGCUAAACAUAGAAAAACGUUGCCAUAGGAAUGGAAUGCAGCGCCAUGUUUGGAAAUCAGGUGUAUUUUGUGACUAUUGUUGCUUUCAGAAAUUGCAGGACAGACUGUCAGAGGGUUUGAAUUUUUAUAUCUGAAUUGGUGGUAACAUAUAUAUUUUUAUAUUCCAUAAACUGACAGGUUUUUCAUUGGCGUAUCUGACAACAUGCCAUUCUGUGAUGACGAAUCCUGUCAUAGGGAUCGAUCGAGCUAUGAACUAUAGGGUUUCACAGAAUGAUAUUUUGCUGUGUUGAAAAGAGACUAGUAUACUGAUAAUUAUUAAGAGUGUUGCACUAUAGAUUUUUUUACACUAUAAAUUAACUUACAAGUUGAUUGCCAAAAAGUCUAGUUUCUCUAGACCUUAGACUAUAGCACGACGCCUUUUUUACUUUUAAAAGAUCGACAAGAUAGAGUGGUGCAUACUGACUGAUGGAUACAUUUAAAAGCAAGCAUGGCAAUUUUGAACUUGAUCCUUAAUCGUACAGCACGCCAGUGUAGUUUGAUCAGAGUGGGAGUGAUGCGACCAUGCUUAGAACAUAUACUAAGACGUGCUGCUGUAUUUUGUAGCCGUUGUAGUUUAGACAUAUGUACAUCUGUAACACCAAAUAGAAGACUAUUACAUGCAAUAGUCUAUCCUUGACAUUAUUACUUCUUGUACCACAGACUCUCUAUCUUCGAAUUCACUAAUAGCUCCUAAAAAACUCUCGAAUACGUCGGAUGUUAUGAAGAUGAUAACAACUUUUAUGAUAUUAUUGUUGCAAAUACGAACUAUUUUGAACACAAUAUAAUGUCCAUGUCUUAUUCAAAGGACUCAGUAGAGAAUUUCCUGUUAAGCUGAAGAUUUUGCUUGCUCUGCUGGAGAUUGAGUCCCAAAACUUGAAUCUCACCAGCUGAAUUGUCUGGAAAUUUCGAUUUUUUUAAAAAACAUAUGGUCAAAAAUGUGCAAUUUUAGUAUGGUAUGACGGGAUAGAUUAUUUCCCCCCCCCCAUGCCCUUUUCAAUAUCCAAAAGUGCCCCUGGAAGCCGGUGCCCCCCCCCCCAAAUCGUUUGAUGCUUCCUACGCCCCUGCAUGUACGUCUCCUUGGGAAAGGUUAAAUGGUGGAUCAAAGUGAAAAUUUGACAUUUUUAUGUCUUGCUUCGGGUCCACACUUUGUAAGAAAGUUUUCUGGUCCAGUCUGUAAAAUUGAAAACGGGGUAGUCAUUCAUCUCUGUGUCAAGUACCCUUUUAUUGCAAUGUUUCAAAACAACUUUGUAGCAAUGUCAUGAAAGAAAAAAAAUAAUGAGCUGUACAGUCGUAAUUAAAAAUUAGGUACGCUUGGUUGCUAUGGUUGCUAUGAAAAAAUUUUAUUCACAAUUAUUGAGCAAGCAUUUAUAUAUUUAGUGACUAUACAGCCGUAGCCGGUAUUUAGUAAACUGCUGGCUCUGUAGUGACUUUAGUUAAAGUUGAAUUUUUAUAAGAUAGACCGAUUCCAACCGUUCUCUAACCCUAACUUUUUCAGAGUUAGAAAGGGCAGGAAAAAGUUAAAAAAAAUUUUUUGAGAAAAACAACUAGAUCCCAAAAUUUUUUCCACCUCGCACCAUUUCCACCAAAAUCCAGCCUUGCUGCAGCUUUCACAUUCACACAAUCCCUGUGCAAGUUUGACGUGAAAGUAUCAUUCUGAAAUUUAGGUUUAAAUUUAAUGUUGUAGAUCAGUAAUGGCUAGCGUCUCCAGUACAACCCCCGUAUCAAACGAAGAACGAAGAUGGGUUGUCAUUGGUGUAUGUUUGAUCAAAGUGCUUACUCCUGCAUUGAGAAAUGUUCUUGCAACUGAAAUACCAAAGUGGCAUCAAGUUUUAUGUCAACCACCGACCAAAAUCGACAAACAAGUUCUUGGUGGACACCAGAAAAAGUUACACCCAUCAACUUUGAACCUCAACUAUAAAAGUAUCAACAACAAUGAUGCCAUUGGAUCACCUCGUGCAUUUGAUUAUGCAGUUAAGGAUCCAUUGUCUUUGGCAAAGUUGUUUGUUAAACCAUUCAUGUCCAAGUUCACUGGCUUUGACGUAACAAUGGACAUAUCUGCAGUCUUAUCAGUGAUUUGUGAAGCUGCCCCAUUUGUAGGAGCUGCUGCUCAUGCAAAGACAGUUCGAUCAGAUAUCAGAAACGAGUGGGCACAUUGCAACUAUGCAGAAUGGACGGAACCAAAAAUUUUUGAUACUUUUCAAAAUAUGGAAACUUUACUGAAGAAUGUGAAUCUGCCACCUAAUGAUGAACAGAAAUUGUGUGAUGAACUCAAUAGCUGGAAAAUUAAAGGUAAUGAAACUUUAUGUCCAUAGACAUGGGAGGAUUCUAGAUUUUGAGAGAUUCAGAGUAUCCAAGUAGACAGUAUAGCAUCUAUCUCAGGUAUUCAACCUUGAGAAUCAGCAAUCCAGAUUUGCAGAGCAAAAUAUAUUAUCCAUUGUGAAUCUGCUUGAUCCAAUGAUUCUUCCCAAUUUUUCCAGCUUGCCUCGUCCCCAGGCACUAUACAAAACGUUUACAUGAAGUAUUCUCAUGACAUUUACAGUCACAAUUUUUUUGCAUACACCCAUUGCUCUCUGCGCGCCUGUAAACACCUCUGGAAUACUUAAUAUAUUUGUUAUAUAGCACCUGAGGACGAGGCAGUUUCUCAGCAUUCUACGAGCGUUCGGAUUAUUAUUCACCACUACAUUUCGGGAGAACGAGGUUACAUUUAUGUCGUGAUUAAUUAAAUUAAAAUUUUAUAUUCAAUUAGCUGUAGUUAUUGGGAUACUUCAAAUCCUACCUCUCUUGCAUAUUUAUGAUAUUUUGUAUUAGUAUUUUUGCACAAGUGAACAUAACAAAUCCUACAACCUGAUUGGUCAAAUUUGACGUAUUAAGCUGUUAUAUUCACCUACAGGUAAAUAUAACAAAACUGAAAUUUUCAAAAUGGCGGCUAGCCGUUUUGUGGAAGUUUACUGGUAAAGAAAUAAGCGAAAUUAAAGUAAAUUCAGUACCAAAUAACACAAAAGACUUGGGUAAAACUCGCCUUCGGCGAAUAAUUGUUAAAUAUAACAUGAACUUUAAUACAAAUGUAUCUGUUGCUUUUCCAAGUUUUGUUUCUUUCCUCUCGGACUAUCUUCUUUUUCUUCAGUUGACCUUUAAUUAAUAUAUAAAUCGAGUUAGAGAUGCGUUUUUAAUGUUUUUGAGUUAGUACAACUCUCAUUCCAGUGUUAUUUACCGGUUGUGUGGUUUCCACAGCGAAAAUUGUGCCGCCCGUAUUCUUGAAAACGGCCCCAUGCCAAAGGGCGAGUGAUUCCAAGACCAAGAUUUUUCUUAUCUGGAACGACUCUGGGAUCAUUUGUAUUAAUUGUACAAUUCCAUAAAAACUUCAGCAUUGCGUGGAACCAAAACUGUUUCUCUAUUUGCAUCACCAUGCAUUUGUUCAUUCCUCAAUUAUUUGAGUCUGCCAGUUUAAAAACAAAGAUGGAGGAUUGAGGUAUAUUAAGAGGAUUAGAAAACACUUCUGUGGAAGGAAUGAAAUCGAAUUUUAUAAAACCAAUACUAAAAGAAGUACCGUAACAAGAAACUAUAAAACACAGAAUCCAUGCUAAACAUCGUCAUUGUGUACUUGUAAUAAUGAUUUUCUCAACAUAACUAUAAGAGUGCAACUUUAUUUCAGGAUUGCAGUUGUGUUUUGGUCAACCUGUCGACAAUGAAAUCUUGACUUUACUCAGAAGUGAAGUUGACGAACUUUUGGAAGUUGUUCAGAAAUGGAGUUCAGAGAAAAAACAGGUUUGAAAAUUCUUUCAUUUCCCAUUGCGGGUGUAAGCAGAAACAUUUAUUUACUACAAAAUUAUUUGCUCAAAUUGUGCAAUUAUUAUUUGCACAAAUUAUUUGCUUUGCUGAAGGAUUAAAAUCCUCAGCCUCUAAAACCCCUAAAAACAACAAAGCAACACACAACUUUAUGCUUAUUAAAAAAAUAAUCAGACCAAAAUGCAUAUUAAUUGAAGGAAUUCGAAUCGGGCUGGGGGUGGUGCCAACAUUAAAUUAUAAUCGCGUGACAUUCUCUGAGAGAUCCAACCGUGCAUUUUUGUACUAUACGUUUUGUUCCGUUGCAAUGUUUGGUUUUCAUUGAAUUCCAUCCGUCAAAACCUUAAUCGUAUCGUAAUUGUAGCUCAAUUAACCUUAAAAUACUCAUUAAUAAUUCAUAAACCUUGUGGCAAAUCAUGUCAGCCAUAAUAUGUCACGUGGAGUGACUUUAUAUCUGAUAAAACACAUGUGACAUUAUAUAAUUGUUCAUACUAAUUAGCAUGAUUAUAUAAUGGUUCAUCCUAAUUAGUAUUCUUUUGUAGUCGUAUUUUAAGCUAUUCAAAACACUCGUUGUCGUGUUUUAUCAGAUAUAAAACGCUCGGCUGCGCCUCGCGUUUUAUAUCUGAUAAAACACUCCUACUCGUGUUUUAAAUAGUACAUAAUUUUUAUAUUGAGACUUUUGGAAUUAAAUUCAAAUACAUAAUUAGUGCGAAGCAAAAUGGCAGCCUGUGCGCAGGCUGUCACGUCGUGAAUGGAAAAUUCCAUCUUUUGCCCAAUGAAAAUAUUUUUUACCAUAGCACUCACAUUCAUUAUUAUUUUGUAUACUAACUUAUUUGUUAUUUAAAAUUUGGCGAAAGAAUACUGGACUGAAUAAACUGUACAAAUGGGAGGGGCCCCUUUUGCAAGUAUUUUACGGUUAAUAUAUCUGAGUCUUAUAAUUAUAACAUUGGUGUAUAUUAUAAAGAAAGAUGAAUUUUUUCAUUGUCAAAAUAAUUAGGAAUGCAAAAGUGAUACCUAUUUGUACAAAGCUAAGCAAUGUUUCCUCUUAUCUUUUGGAAGCAAAAUUCCUUUUUGUAGCAUAAAAUAUCCAUUAUUUUAAUGGGAUUUAAUGGGACUGAGAUUUAAUGUCGCGUCAUAGUCAAAGUGACAGUAAAAUAUUAAAAAUAUAUAAACAGUACACACUCCCUUCCAUAUGAAAAUGCCAAGACUCCGAGCUGGAAUGUGGCCUUUUAUAUAAUCGCUCCAUGUACGCUUGGCCAUAUGCCUUCUAACGUGAGGUUUAGCUUGCAAUAUUACGUUUUUUAAACCACUACAGUUCAAUAUGUUUCACAUUCGCACUUGUUCCUCCAAACAGUGACUGAUUUUCUUGACCACGCUAACAAUAUUUAUUUGUGGCUAGGACCACCAAAUUUUGUUAUAAAAGUGUUCACUCUAGUAAGCCACUUAUUAUGUAAAGCACGUAUAAUAAGCGGUAGAAUUAAACUGUAGAUAAAAUUUUCAUACGUAAUCUGUUUUCAGUGUGAAACUCACGGGAACGAGUCUUGUUGGAAUGAAGUUCGCAUCUUGGCGAAGAAAUUUGAGAGAGCUAUUCCUUUUUGCAUUGCGGCCGUUCCAAACUUUACCGAUUCUGAUAAGCAGUCUGUCGUGGUAAAUGUAUACCUGCAUACCAGGGGUGUGGCUAUCAGUGCAAAAUUUCGUGAAUUAGCCAAGAAAAUGUUCUGUAACUACGAGCUGAAGUUCGUGGAUCUCGAGCACGAGGAACUGGGCGACUAUUUUAUGCCCCGAUCAAGUGAAAGCAAGAGGAAUUUCGAAGAAAUGACGAAUAUAGCGCAAAUCAUUGAGGAGAAUUUUCCUUAUUUCGUAAAUCGCUCUAAUGUGACGGCGGUUUAUCCUUCGUACAAAAUUUCCAAUCACCAGGAAACUGAUGAUCUAUGUAUUGCAGUUUCUGUGGUGGGAAAAGGGAAAAUCCCUGUUGGAGAAGACGUUUUACCGGAUUGGUUAGGUGACUAUCCAUUAGACGUCGUUCAAGGAUAUGUUGUGCCAACUUGUCGUGUGGAAUAUGGCUUGCGUUGUGGUGUUGGAAUAGGAGUGAGGGGAAUGGCUGGUACUGGGACUUUGGGUGCUUUUUUGACAGAUGGACAUGAUUACUAUCUGCUGUCAUGUAAUCACGUACUGUUUAAACAGGAUCGUGCGCUCACCGCUGAGCAGACGCUUGCUGACGAGAAAGCAGAUGGGAAGAACUCUGGUGAAGAGAAACCUGCUGAAACUGGAGAAUCAGAAUGUGUCGCUAAUGAUCAAACAGCUGAAUCGGACUUGAAGGAAGAAAAAAUAUUGAAAAAUUGCAUCAGUGCUACAGAGAAAAAAUUAGAGGAACUUGAUAUUGAAACAGGCGAGAUAAGAAAUUCGGAAAAAAAGGUAAAUACCUUGCGUGCUGCAGAGUUAAAGUUUAGGAAUGCAAUUAGUGAUGCGAGGAAACAUUUAGAAAAUACAACCGGACGAAUAAAAAGUGAGGGUAAAAUAUUAAUCGAACACCCUGCAACCGAUGAGAACAACUUUGGUGAAGAGAGUGCCGGUGAAAAGAAUUCUGGUGCAAAGAAACCUGCUGAAACCGGAAUAUUAGAAAGUGACGACGUCGCUGAUGGGCAAACGGCUGAAUCGGACCCGGUGGAAGAACAAAGAUUGAACAAUUACACUAGUAAUAAUGCGAACUCGAAAAUCGAAAAUGAAAAGGUCAGAAAAAUAAAAAGUCACGUAAGGGUGCCAAAAGAAGGUGAAAUAUUAAUCGAACAUCCUACCAAGGAGGACGUGAUCGCUGAAGUGAGUGAGUGUGAGAAGAAAAUCAAAUCAAGGCAAGAUAUUUUGGAAAAAAGCCGCGGCGAAAAAAAUAAUGUCAUUAGGAGAAUGAAAUCUGAAAUAGAAACCGAAAAGUUUAGAUUGGUUGAACUGCUUGAUGAUCAGUUGCCCAGGUGUAUUGCGAGAUAUGUUGGUGGUUAUCUAGACAACUUUCCCCAUAAAGGCCACGACAUUUUUGUGGACGCAGGCAUAGCUAAACUCUGUGAUGACCAGCGUGACGAGAUUUUAGCUGGUAACCGUAAACCAUAUCCAAAACGUACCAUCACCGGUGAAGUCGUGCCCUGGUUAGAGAUCAGAAAGGAACCAGAUGGGGCUAAAUUCUGGAAAUCUGGUGCAAAGACAAGGCUGACCGAGGAAGGUGAAUUUCGUACUCUUGCAUUUAAUUGCAAGUUACCUAACUUCUGCGAAGAAUGCACUAGAAACAUGCGUUGCGAUCGUUAUACACGCGAGGACCCUCCGGAGACAUGUUUGUGCAAAAAGUGUCAGCGACAAAUAACCCAAAAUGAAACGAAACACGGAAUCUUUGCUAAGAACUGUUUCUUGGUUAAAAGUAAAUUGCAAUGGCAUCGGGAACCGCAAAAGAAAUCAUUUUUUUCUGAAAAUGGUGAUUCUGGAGCAGUUAUCUUCGAUGAAGAAAACCGUGCGUGGGGGAUUAUUGUUGCAGUCUAUUUUAUGGGAGAUUCUUGUUUCAGCGUAGUUUGUUCCUUAGAUAUCGCUCUUGAAGCUCUCCGCAAGGAAACAGGAAAACCAAAUCUGAGAUUAUGGACGGGCGUUGCUGGAAAGUGACUUGAUCGUAACAUCCAGUCAUUUGACUCAACAAAUAGCAAUAGUAGUUGGCUGGGAAUAGGCAACCUCGUACCCAUGCAGAUUCUUAUCAUCUCUAUCCCUUCCUCCGUUGAAAUUUUGAUAAAUGAAAUUUUCAUUAUACAGGGUGUAUGAAAAAAACUGAACAGAUAUGAAUUUGCUCUCGAUUUCGCAAAACAGCUAUUAGUAUCCAUUUUUUAUGUAUAUAUAGCUUCUUUGGGUACUUGUAAUGUAGAAUAAUGAAAAAUAUUUAUCUAAUUCAAAUUUUGUGAACCAGGGAGGGGGGGGGGGUGUCUUUUCCAACAAACUAAAAAUGGCGUGCGGACGAAAUUUAAAAGUUUUAAUCAUUUUGAGUUAAUAGGUGGAACAUUUGUUG